GAUAGAGGUGUGCAAGGUAGGAAAGAAACUUUUGGGAUAUAUUUCUCUAUGCUCUGCUGGUGUAUUUCACGAGCUAUGUUUCACGCAUGGAUUUGAGUACUAAUGGAUUUAUUUACCACAUGAAGAUUUCUGGAAAUAUGUGAUAGUGCGUUGUUUGUUUGCUUGCUAAUGGAGUCAAAGAGGACUAUGUUGUGAUAACACCUACGUAAUGCGAUGGCCACAAACUCCGCCAUUACUUCAACCCUGAUCCUUCACUGUAGUGGCUUGCUUUUACUUAUUGUGUUUGGAUUAUCAAACUCUGGGGCAACAGCAGAGAGAAAAGCAGAGGAACCUCCAUACUUCAUGAAAAAUGUCGAAACCAGCUACACAAUUAUAGAAGGAGAAGAACUGAAGCUGCGUUGCAAGGUCAAAGGUCAUCCCAAACCAUGGCUGACGUGGUAUUUUAAUGAAUCUAGCAUAGACAAGAACAAUCCAAGAUUCAAGAUAAACCGGUAUGCGUUGGUGGUGGAAACUGCAGAGCUAAGAGACAGUGGUGUCUAUGGCUGUUACUGCAGGAACCAGUUCGGCCAUAUCUGGAGGAACUUCACCGUCAAAGUUCUCAACCAGACUGAUUACAUAGAUAUUGACAGCCCGAUCUACCUGGGUGAAGAAGAUGUCCAAUUACCAGCCAACCCAGGCCCACCACAGUGGCUGUCAAACAAGGCAAAACCAUCAACUAUUGCCCGGCCGGCUAACUCGUAUGUUGACUUGAAAUGUCCAGCGAAAGGGAAGCCAAAGCCGGAAAUAAAAUGGAUAUUUAAUAACCAGCCAUUUAAAAGAAGCAAGCUGGGGCAGUAUAAUUUUAAAGGUUACCAGCUGACGAUGGGUGAUCUGGUGAUGGAUGACAGUGGCAACUACACGUGCAUCGUCUAUAACAAGCACGGCUCCGUCAACUGGACGUACAAACUGGAAGUGAUUCAGAGACUGCCCCAUACACCAGUGAUCGAGGGGCCUAAAAACCAGACUGUACUGCUGAGUGAUGAUGCGGUAUUCACAUGUAAAAUCAUUCUGAGCGACCUUCACCCUCACCUGCAGUGGUUGAAACACUACCAAGUCAAUGGGUCAUACAUGUCACCUGAGGGUGAUCCGUAUGUGACUGUUUUACAGCAGCCAAAGACGUCUUCUGUGAACAACUCACACCCCGAGACGCUGGUCAUUAAAAACGUGACGAUGGACGAUGGUGGUUGGUACACCUGUGUCGCCCAGAACUCCAUCGGAAUUGAGUAUGGCAGUGCCUGGCUCACGGUCGUGACGGAACUUACUAGUGAGACGACAGGUAACACCCAGAUGUUGCGAGACCACAACUUGGAGUCUGCGUUCACGAUCCCCAUCAUCGCGGGCGGCUCCUGCGCCGUCGUCAUCUUCAUCGUCGCCAUUAUCCUCGUGGUCGUCUGGCAGCGGCAGAAACGCCUACAGAACGUACCCUACAAGAAACGGGUCAUCAUCAUGCGCCAGAAUGACCUGUACUAUCCGAACAACAAGGACCCGGAUGCGAUAGCGCCUGGCAUGCCCCUCAUCAUUCCUCAGGUUCGAAUCGAGGGCUACUCCACCCGUCGCAGACUGUCAUCGGACGUCACUGAGGUGUCCGAGUACGACAUUCCUCUAGACAAACAGUGGGAGUUCCCUAGAGAAAGACUUGUGUGUGGUCACCGGUUAGGAGAAGGAGCUUUUGGUCUUGUUGUGAAGGGCGAAGCUCUCGGUAUCCAAGGACGACCAGGAAAAACUACAGUGGCUGUGAAAAUGUUGAAAGAGGACGCGACCGAUCGUGAGAUGACGGACCUCAUGUUGGAGAUGGAAGUGAUGAAGGUGAUCGGCAGCCACAAGAACAUCAUCAACCUGCUUGGAUGUUGUACUCAGCGAGGUCCUCUAUAUGUGGUGGUUGAGUAUGCUCCGAAUGGAAACCUGCGCGACUUCCUCAAGUGUCACCGCCCACCUAACUCGAAUUAUUCCACGUCGGGGUACGAGCGGCCCAUGACUGACCUCAUCGUUCAGAUGGACGACUUCAAACCACUGACGCAGAAAGAUUUGAUAUCGUACGCCUACCAAGUGGCACGUGGGAUGGAGUACUUGGCUUCCAAACAUUGUAUUCACCGUGAUUUAGCAGCCAGGAAUGUGUUGGUGAAUGAAGAUUUUGUUCUUAAAAUUGCUGACUUUGGAUUAACUCGCAAUUUGCAGAAUGUUGAUUACUACAGAAAAACCACAGAUGGUCGACUUCCUGUCAAAUGGAUGGCACCAGAAGCCCUGUUUGACCGCAGAUAUACCUCGAAAAGUGACGUAUGGUCAUAUGGGGUUCUGUUGUGGGAAGUAUUUACGCUGGGCGGUAACCCGUAUCCCUCGGUUCCCGUCGAGAAGUUGUUUGAGUUGUUAAAAGAAGGUCACAGAAUGGAGAAGCCACCAUAUGCAUGCAGAGAAAUGUAUCACAUUAUGUCCAAGUGUUGGGAGGAAAACCCAACAAAGAGACCGUCCUUCCAGCAGUUGGUGGAGGACAUCGAUAAAAUCCUCACGUUGUCUCUAAAUGAUGAGGCAUAUCUUGACCUGGAGCCGGCCACUGUGACACCCAUGAGUACGUCAGACAGCCAGUAUUCCUCCAUGUCUCACAGCAGUACCAGCAGUGGGGAGAGCACCAUUGUAUAGUGACUAGUGGGUCGUCCACGGCUGGUGGUAGCAACACCAGCAUUUUGGUAGUACCAGUGCUAUUGUUUGAUGAUAGCAGCAACCAUCGUUUGGUGUCAGCGGUGCUGUUGUUGGAUGAUAGCAGCACCAUUGUUUUGGUAACAGUGAUGCCAUCGUUUGAUCAUAGCAGUACCAUUGUUUAAUGGUAACAGCAUCAUCAUCAAGAGAAGUUUGACUACAUUACAAUGUUACUCUAUUAACACUAGAUCACAAAUCAAGAGGAGUUUGAUUACAUUAUAGUGUUACUCUGACUAUCACCAGUAGAUAACAUUUCAAGAGGAGUUUUGUUUCUAUUACAAUGUUACUCUGACUAUCAACAAAUCAAGGAGUGGUGCUUUUCCGUUAUUUUUGACUCGACUAUAACUUACAACGGAUGAGUCAAAUUGAACUAUGGUGUUUUUGACAAGACUAAACUUGUACAACAGUUGUGUCAAAUUGAACUGGUGUUUUGACCAUAUUUUUGACUUGACUAUAACUUAAAACAGAUUGUGGAUGUGUUGCCUACAGCUACCACUAGUUUUGUCAAACAGAGUUCUACCAUUUUAUUAUUCAGACUAUGAACAACCAUGUUUUGGUUAAAUUGAAUUGCGGUGUUUGGCAUUUAUGAUUGGACUAUAACCACCACAACAUGAUCAGGGGUGAAAAAAAAAAUCUGAUUUUGUAACUGAAUUUCAACAUUUAAAAGAAGGAAUUUUUAUUUCACAUGGAUAUAAGAAGACAUAUUCAUCAGCAAAAUAUCUUUGACAGAAGAAAUGUUUUAACUAAAAGAGUGCUAUUUCGACAUACAGUCGACGAUCUUUAUGACUGCCGUCACAUAAACAAGGUGUAAUCCAAAGCAAGACUGGACUUUGUUGGCUACCUUGAAGGAAUUUAUGUGUAAAUUAUGAAGGAAAUAUUUUGCAAAUAAUUCUGCUUUUGAUUUUUUUUUGAAUUUUUUUUUUUUUGAGCUGUAAGAAGUCUGAUCAACGACAGUGUGUAAAUAUAUGCAGACUGCUCAAGGACUAGAAUUGUUGAGUCGACUUCGAUCAAUAAGGUUUAUCAUGAAUUUCGUAUGGCUACAUCCGAACAAUGUGUGUAUAUUUGUUACAAUUGUAGCAGCAUGAGCUUAUGGCUGUUCCAGAAUUAAAAGGGGGGUGGGGUGGGGUGGGUGGGCCACAUCUGCAUUGAGUGCAAUGUAGAAAAUGUCUAUGGCCAUAAACAUGUCGUGGAAAAUAAAUUGAAUAUUUUCACAAAAAAAAAAAAAAAAGGUUCUGUGGAGAAUUAAUAAUUUGAUGGCAUUGGUGAUUGCUAUGGGCAAUUGCAGGGAUUGGGUUUAAGGGUAGGAGGAUAUUUUUUGUUAUAUGCCCAUCACCCACGAAUAAACUUUCAUUUAAAAAAAAAAAUAUGUGGAAAAACCGGCUGAUAUAAAAUAAAAGUCACAAUGCCUCUCUAAAAUAAAAGUCACAAUGCCUCUCUAACUAGCCAAUCCCACCGAUUGUGUUUGAUUCUAGAACAGCCUCUGUAUAGAGUAUAUGGUUUGCUACCCCUGUGUGCCAAGCUCAUAUCAUCUGUAUAUUUUAUCACAACACAUUUCUAAUCAUGGUCCCCAGUCAUAUUUUACGCAAAAUACUGUUCACGUAUGUGUCCAUAUUAGAAAAUAAGAGCAUUUUUAGCUUGUUACAAAACCACAAAAUGUUUUUAAUAAUUUUUUUAUUGUCAUAGUUUUUUGUGUGUGUAUGCUUUAUUAUUUGUCUAUUGCACUGUUUUGUUUUUUCUUGUCAGUUCAGUGCCAUUACAACAUAUGAACUGUAGACAGGUUUUCCAGUCAAUUUCCCAUUUGUGAACAUGUCCAUGACACGGAAAUCAUUAAAAGAAUUCAUGAAUAAGAUGGACAUACGCUGGGUAGUUAGAAUUGAGCUUUAACUUGUAAGAAUUAAACUGUACCAACUUACAUUAUUAAAGGGUACAACUGUUAUAUUUCACAUGUUUAUAUCAUCUUCCUUAAUUCAUUCAUCACGUUUUAGACCAGAGUUCAUUUUCUGGUAUUUAGGUUUUGUUUUUGGCAACCCAGCAGUAAAUUUCAACAAAUUUAGCAAACAUAAAUGAUUUUGAUCACCUACCCCUCUAUGUCUCCAUUGGCAACCCUCAGGUUUACAAUGGAACAACCGAGAUUAACAUAAUAUUUUCCAUUGGUUGUUCAUUCAGUUUUAGAUAUAACAAUGAUACAGGAAUUCAGUGAUAAGAAAUGCAGUUUUUUUCUUCUAAAUCGUACAUUAGUCUUAAGAAAGAAUCUAUAAGCUAAUUGAGCCAUGAUUUGAAGUUUGAUAGAAAGCAGUUGAAAUUCAUAUACUAGUAUUCAUUCAUUUCAUUCAUUCAACAGUUUGUUGUUAGGUUGUCAAGUGUUCUGUGCUAUGAAAUUAUAUCUAGACACUUGUUGUUAUUUCCCAAUCCAACCAAAUUAAUUUUUUCAAGAUGCAUUAUAAUAUAACUUGUGCAUCACAUUAUUUUCUCUCGUUAAAAAAAACUAAAAGUUUUUCCUCCCCCCUCCCUCCCAGCCUAGCUUCCCUCAGUUCCAUUUCGGAUGUUUUGUCUGACAAAGUGUGAAUAAAGAUUACCUUUAAAGGUUUUCUACUCAUUCUAAACAAGAAAAUAUAUUUAAUAUGUAAGUUUAAUCGUGGAAAUAUUUUAUUAGUCGGAAACAUCUACAAUACAGCAAACUCAGGAAUGUCCCUUUAAUACAGUGUGUAGCUUGCAACUGAAUAUAGACCAUUUUAUUUUCAUAAUAUAAGAAUUAGACUUCCAUAUCUUUGCUCUCCCUCCCUCCCCGCUUCCCGCUUCAAACCCAAACACCUCACAAGAAAAGGGUACCCCCUUGAAACAAAAAGUGUAAUAUAUAUGUUUGUAAACUUGUUUAGUUUAUGAAUACCUUGAAAUUGAAGAAUAUAUUAUGAGUAAGAAUUGAUGUUCACUCAUAUGAUGGGUGUGGGGGGGAAUUUGCUAAGAUUUAAAAAGAAAACGUUUGUGUUUCUGGGAAUAUACCCAGUUGUUUUUAGAAUACAGUGCAGGUAGUCUUCUUUUUCUUCUCCAGUAUAUUCCUUAAGGUUCAGAUAAAGUAUUAUGUAUGUGCCUCGACAUAUUAAUUUUUAAAAUCAAAGAUACAUUAAAAAAAUUAAGGUCAGCCCUUUUUUUCUCUGUAAAAUACUAGAGUUUUUAGACCUUACUGAGUUAACUCGGAUGAAAGUUGGCUAACAAGUAUAGAUAAUUUGGUUGGAUUGUGGAGUUUAAUGUUGUCUUGCCAUGCAUUUAUAGUGGACCACUGCCAGUUUGCAAUAUUUGUAUACAUAACAUGCAUUUAAUUUUACAUAUUAUUUCAGUUUGUUAAUUGUUAAUUUUUUAACUAGCAUUAAUCAAACGACAUUUAUAGACCACAUUCGCUCAUUCCCUGCCAUGUUGUUGCUUUAUGUGAAAUUUUAUGUCGGUUACGUGGACUGUACACUAGGUUGGCAUUUUAUUUACAGUUGUUUAUUUAAAAUGUUUUGGCUGCACAGUGGGACCCAUUUAAUUAUAGUCAUUUGCAUACUAAUAUGUACAGCGUAUUCUCAAUAAUUAAAUAUCAUAAUUACUUAUUUUAAAUACAAUUUAAAUUUUUUGUAUAAGUGAAUGAUGGAUGAAUUUGUAGGUGAUGCAAAUUUCAAAUGACUUGAUGUAAAGUUUGUUAAAGUUUGGUUUGUUUAAUGACACCACUAGAACAGAUUGAUUUAUUAAUCAUCGGCUGUUGGAUAUUAAAACUUUUUUUAGGGAUUUUUUUUACAUAAGGACUUACAGUGA